GUAAGGAAACUUUCACACUUGUUCCACUUUCCACACAACAUCAAACGGAAAGCGCAUCCGAAAACUGAACUUGAGGGCUCAAUGGAGGACAGGCUAGUGAUACCAGACGAUUCCACAGGUGAUGCGACUAUUGAGGCCUUGAAUGAGUGUAAACAGAGGGAGUUGGCGUUCUUUGACGAGGUUGUGCAGGGCUACGUCGUUGUCAAGAGGGACGGAACAGAAGUCGUUAAGAAUCCCACUGCCACAGUUAUCGUUAGAGGAGUGAAUGGUCAAUCAAGCGAGGUUUCCAGUGUGCAGUUGGAGCUGCAAAGUUCUAUAGAUUGUGUGGAUCUCUAUCGCAUCUCAUGCUUCGUGUCCUUCCCGAAGAUCAAGCUCGAUGAGCCGUCUCUGCAGUUGAACUUUGACUGUCAAGUUGAGCAGAAAGCGGUGGUGGUGGACCAUAGUACCCAUAUACUGCCAUCUGGAUACCCUGCUGAUAGGAGAAACUUGCUGUCGAGCUUGAAAUCCGUGACUGAUCAGUAUGACAACAUUCUAUUGGACUCACUGGUGAAGGACAACAAGGUUGACAAUAACACUCUACGAGAACAGCAGGAUGAAACCGUGGCUGGUCCUCAGAUAUCAGGCCCACGCCAGGUAUCACUGUCGUUGGAGAUACCAAUAAUACGGUUGUUGAACUUACGAGUCCGGAACGUCCGCACUUGUCCAAAUAAGGUCCUCUCAACCAUUGAUAUUGAACCGUCUUCAAGGGCCAAGGGUUACAAGCUCAGCAUUUCAAUUGACUCUAUAAAGUACCACUUCCAAAGGGCAAUAACGGAGAAAUUCCAUGUCAAGUUCCCCUUAAUGUUGGAAAGCAAUGACUCCUUCAGUUUCACUUUCCAAUUGGACUCGUACGAAUUGAUCAUAUACAAGACUCUGAUUGAAGUUGACUAUUCAUGCUCACAGAGAAAGAUAAAGACCAAAUUGGUUACAAGCGUCGACUUCUUAUCACAAUUCACUGACCACUCACAGCAAAGCUUGAAGCAAAACUCACUAGCACAGGCAAUUCAGAUCAAAUUCAUCGGCUCAAAGCAUGCGAAACUGGGACACCCUUUCUAUCUGAAGGUUCGUGUGGUGAACACUUCAUCUAAGGCAAGAAACCUGGUCCUUGUAUUCAACUCUACAGACCAGAACCUACCAAGCAUACCAAAACUACCCACGCCAGUGUAUCCUAGUCUCUCCUUGCUGAAGAACUAUACAAGCUCAAAAGUUCGUACUGUUGGAGUUAUAAGCCUGUGCAACGAGGUACACUUCAAAUGCGAUCCUGGAAGGGUAUUUGAUAACGAAAUCACCCUGAUGGGACUACAAUUGGGAGUCUACAACAUGCACGGUGUGAAAUUGGUGGACGUGAACACCGGUGAAACGAUAAACUGUGAUAAAUACUUAGAGAUUGUGGUUGAAGAUGCCGAGAGUUAGCUAAUCCACCAGGAUUUCCAUGAAUUCAUGUCCCAGUUUCUCAUAAUUCUUUCUGAAUCCAAAUAGCAUGUCUCUUUUACCUUGUCAAG